AUGGCGAAGCGUACGGCUGGCAAUCAAAAAACCAGGGAUGAUGGUGAUUCUGAUGAAGAGCAAAGAGACGAUCCCGGCGCACGAAGUACACCUCUUGCUCCAAUUGAAGGUCGAGUGAUUCGAGGUAUGCCUAAACGGAAAGGUUUAGAAAGUGCUGCUCCAUCUCCAGCUCCAUCAGCGGCAGCUUCAAAUGAUGCACCGGCCACUUCAUCCCCCUUCUCUGGAUUCUCUUUCGGUGGAAACCCUGCACCAUCGACAACACCUUUUGUCUUUGGUGGUGCCUCAUCAUCAACUCCUGUACCUGCACCUACGCCAGCGGUAUCCAACCCUUUUACCAGCUUCUCAUUCAACAAGCCUGCUACUCCAGCUUCUACUCCCGCAGCUGAAACAUCUAAACCUCCGGCUCCGGCGUUCGGCUUUGGGGCUAAACCAUCCACUCCUGCAGCUCCUGCUUCGGUACCAGCUGCUGUCUCGUCAAAGCCCUUCGCAAAUUUCUCGUUCUCGUCUACACCUACUGCUCCCGCCCCUGCUGCUAGCGCUUCUUCUACAACACCUGCACCUGCAAAAUCAUUCGGUUUCGGAACAUCUUCUACCACUUCCUCCUUUACAUCAUCGAACACAUCCACUCAGCCUCCUGCACCUGCCAAGAGCGCACCUAUAUCUACACCCGCGGUCAACGCUGCGCCCGUGGGAAGUCCUGCAACAACAACAACACCACCAACAAGUGGUCCUUCCCCAUCUCAAUCUACUCCUCCACCUGAAGGAGAAGUGUCCUACUAUACCUCUCUUCGUGGUCUCAACACAUCCAUACUUUCUUUCCUUACUUCCACCUUAGAAUCGGACCCUUUCACCAAUCUCGCAAUAGUACUACCUGAUUUGGUCAAACAGUAUGAAACACAUGUUGAUGAUGAAGCUAAGAAAGCUGGUUGGCGUCCUGAGGGCAAGAUAUCAACUGCUACUACAAAUGGAGAAUCGAGUAAAGGCGCGAAUGGCACUACAUCUACGUUCAAGAUGCCUGCUGCUCCUUCUGCAGGUGGAUUUGCCCUUCCCAAAGCUCCUUCUGCCAACCCAUCUGCUCCAACACCAUCUUUUGGUGGCUUCACCCCUUCUUCUACACCAAGUACUACAACUUCAGGAUUCACCUUCGGUGGUGCCAAACCCUCAACCACUCCUACUGCCACCUCUGUCAAACCAGAAACACCCAAGAAACCCUCAGCGGAAGUGACCAAGAUUGUAGAAGAUGUCAUUUCAGGUAAAUCCGAUGAAAAGAUGGAAGAAUCCAAAUCCGAUGCUCCCAAACCAUUUACUUUCGGUUCAAACACAUCCAUAUCAACGCCUGAAAGUAGUAAGAAGGGGAAUACUUUGUUUUCCUUCGCACCCACAGGUCCAUUACAUCCACCUACACCUGAAAGUAAAACCUUUUCGCCUUCGACGACAAUCGAAAAUGCUACCCCUGCUAAAUUGGGUAAAUUUGGACCUGGUGGUUCACAACCUCAAUUAGCAUUCGGAGGGGCAAAAUCAUCUCCUGGUCAAGCCACAUCCGGCACACCAGCUGCUAAUAAACCAUUCAGCUUUGGCUUUGGUGCAGGUUCCGCAUCGACUUCAACCGCACCUCCUCCAGCUUCAUCGAAUGGGGCAGCGUUCGGUUUUGGUUCUUCUUCAUCUACCAACCCACCUUCCACAGCAGCCCCGUCAACAUUUUCUUUUGGAAGUGGUUCUUCUACUGCUGCCCAAUCAAACAAUUCUAAUCCAUUCGCGUUCGGCGGUUCAAGUUCAUCUACCUCCACGACCACGACGUCGUUCUCCUUCGGUGCCAAACCAGCUGCUCCGGCCGCUACGCCUGCUUCUAACCCAUUCUCCUUCACUCCUCAAACACCAAAAGCUGUUGAAGAGGCUUCCGGAGAGGCGGACGGAAAUGCUGAUUCAACGCCUGAGAAUGCCGAACCUACCAAAAACUUAGCAGAAACGAUUGGUGCGGGCGAAGAGAAUGAAGACACUGUCUCAGAACAAAGGGGCAAAUUACACAGAUUAGAAGGUGGAGAAUUCAAACUCGAAGGCCUUGGUCAAUUCAAAUUGAAAAGAAGUAAAAACUCCGAUGGUGGAAAGACGAAGAGAAGAUUGUUGAUGAGAACUGAUGGUAAUGGAAAUGUCAUCUUGAAUAUGACAGUGAACAGUUCUUUCAAUCCUACGGUUGAAGGAUCACAUGUCAAAUUUUUAGGAUUUGACAGUGAUGGUAAACCCGUCCCAUAUGCUUUAAGAGUGAAAAACGCUGAAGUAGCGAAAAAAUUACAAGAGGAAUUACAGAAAGAGGUGAAUACUAUAAAAGGUGAAUAA